AUGCCGAAAAACACAGCGUUUUGUUCAAAAUGGUUGCAAAAAUUAGAUAAUACUGGUAGAGUGUGUUCCCGAUGGCUUAAAAAAGGUAAAACUACCAGUUCGUUCCAAUGCAUUGUAUGUCGCACAGAUGAUCUCAGCUGUGCCAAUGGAGGAUGGGCUGAUAUAAAAAGACAUUUUGAUCGACCAAAACAUAUUCAAUGUAUGAAGGAUGUGUUUGGUUCUGUUUCACUUAUUGCAUCAAAUGAUCAAUCACCACCUUUAUCAAACAAUAAAGAUGAUAAUAGUGUAUGUACAGCAACAGUAUCCAUCAAUGGAAACACAACAAGAAUUCCUUUUGUUACUAUUCAAAGUGAUAAAAGAGUAUUAACACAUGAAGAGAAAGUUACUCAGGCUGAAUGUAUAUGGGCAAUGGCUACUGCUCAACUUGGAUUUUCGUUUAAUUCAUCACAAUUUUUACCAGAAAUUUUCCGAUCUAUGUUUCCUGAUAGUCAAAUUGCUGCUGAUUAUUCAUUACGUCAACGAAAAUUAUCUUAUGUUAUUUCACAUGGAACUGGUUAUUAUUUCACCAAUGAAUUGAUUAAAGAUGUACGUAAAGCUUAUGGGUUUUCAUUGCUUUUUGAUGAAACAACUAUUGCUGGUGUUCGUAAACAAUUGGAUAUUUUUUUUCGAUAUUGGUCAGAAGCUAAAAAUUGUAUAUGUGUUCGAUUUUACAAAAGCAUCAUUCUUGGUCAUGCUACUGCUGAUAUUAUUUCUCGAUCUAUUAUUGAUUCAUUGAAAGCUGAUGGAAUCGAUAUUGCAAAAAUGUUGAUGCUUGGAAGAGAUAAUCCAAAUGUGAACAAGGCAAUAGAAGAAAUUCUUAAUAAAGAAAUAAUCACCGAGAGAAAAAAAAAAUCUUCAUCUGUACCAGUAUUUGGUCUUAUUUCAAUUGGUUCAUGUCCAUUACAUGUUAUUCAUGGUUCUUUUCGAAAAGGAAUUAAAUCCACAUCAUGGUUUAUUGAUGAAGCACUUAAUGAUAUGUGGUUCUGGUUUUCUCGUUCUGCUGCUCGUCGACAAGAUUUUAAAUUAGUUGCUAAUAGUAUAAAUGAAAUUUAUUCUCGAUUUCUUAAUCGUUUUGUUGACACUCGAUGGAUUGAAAAAGAAUUGAUUAAAUCAUUACCAAUAAAUAAUGAUUUUUUACGACAUUUGCAAUGUCUUCAACCUUCAGCACGAAAAGAACAAUCUUCUAGAACCAGUAUCAUGUAUCUUGCACGAAAUCUUCCACAUUUAUUAACCAAUGAAGAAGUAGAUCGAGUUGGUGCUGAAUGGCGUGUUUAUGAAAUGGCUGAUAUACCUGAAGAUUGGAUUAAAAGAAAUACCAAUUCGUUGAACAACGUCGUUGAAUAUGUACCAAUUGAUACAUAUUGGUAUCAUGUUUUUUCUACUCAUACAACAAUUGGUACACCACAAUAUGUAACAUUAACCAAACUCGUCAAAUGCUUGUUGUCUUUAUCACAUGGAAACAGUGAUGUAGAGAGAGGCUUCUCUCAAAACAAUCAUCUUGUAUCGGAUGAACGUUCAUCUUUAAAUGAAGCAUCUAUCAAUGGUUUACGAGUUACAAAUGCUGGUGUUAAAUUCUUUGGUGGUGGUAAAGUUCAUAUGGUACCAACAACAGCUACUUUAAUUUCGAAUGUACAAGAAGCACAUUCACGUUAUAUAAAAGAUAAUGAAGAACAACAAAAAUUAAUUAAAAGCAUUGAUGUUGUUAAUGGAAAACGUGCUUCUGAUGCUGAACAUGAACGAUUAGAAGAAAACGAAAUCGAAUUGUUAAAUAAACAAAAGAAUUUACAACAAGAAUUAAUGAAUGCAACUAAAAUGUUGGAGGAAGGGAGUGUAAGACUUGCUACAGCUUUGAGCAAUAAGACAUUUGAUGAUGUUGGUACAGCUGAAGUACUUGUAACAGCUGCUAAUGCUAAAUUAGCUGUUUUGAAAACUCAAUUAAUCGAGAAUAAUGAAAAUUUAAACCGAAUGAGAAAAAAGCAGAAAAAAUGA